AUGCAUUCACUCGCCACUGCUGUUGCCGUGUUGGCCGCCUGUGUCACCAGCGCGACUGCACGUAAUGAUAGUCUUGCGACAAGCGAUCCCUUUUAUCCUACGCCGUGGAUGACAGGACAGGGUGAGUGGAGUGAUGCAUAUGCGAAGGCGACGGACUUUGUGCGCCAACUUACACUGUUGGAGAAAGUCAAUUUGACGACGGGUGUUGGAUGGGAAGGAGAACAAUGCGUAGGCCAAGUAGGCAGCAUCCCGCGCCUCGGCUUUCGCUCCCUCUGCAUGCAAGACUCGCCCGUCGGUAUCCGAGACAGUGACUACAGCUCCGUCUUCUCGUCCGGACAAUCCGUCGCUGCGACUUUUGACCGUCAGCUUUUCUAUGCGAGGGGUUAUGCUAUGGGUGCUGAGCAUAAGGCCAAGGGCGUAACCGUUCAACUUGGACCUGUUGCGGGACCUAUGGGAAGAGCACCAGAGGGUGGUAGGAAUUGGGAGGGUUUCUCACCGGAUCCGUAUUUGACUGGUAUCGCCAUUGCCGAGACGAUCAAGGGCACGCAGGAUGCGGGUAUUAUUGCUUGUGCUAAACAUUUCAUUGGGAAUGAGCAGGAGCAUUUCCGUCAAGUUGGAGAGGCGAAUGGUUUUGGCUAUGAUAUCACCGAAGCUCUCUCUUCAAAUAUUGACGAUGUCACCAUGCAUGAACUUUACCUGUGGCCUUUUGCGGACGCCGUUAGAGCUGGAGUUGGAAGUAUCAUGUGCUCGUACAAUCAAGUCAACAACUCGUACGCUUGCCAGAACUCGAAGAUGCUUAACAAUCUUUUGAAAGACGAACUCGGAUUUCAAGGUUUCGUCAUGAGUGAUUGGCAAGCCCAGCACGCUGGUGCUCCAUCCGCCCUAGCUGGUCUCGAUAUGGCCAUGCCUGGUGACACGUUAUUCAACACUGGCGACAGUUUCUGGGGUACCAACUUAACACUCGCUGUUCUCAAUGGUACUGUUCCUGAAUGGAAGAUCGAUGAUAUGGCUUUGCGUAUCAUGUCGGCGUAUUUCAAAGUUGGACUUACACUUGAUGAGCCUCCUAUCAACUUUGAUUCCUGGACUUCCGAUACCUAUGGACCCCUACAUGCUGGAGUUGGCUUGGAUUACCAGCAGGUCAACUGGCACGUGGAUGUUCGAGGUGAUCACGGUGAUUUAAUUCGGGAGAUUGGUGCUAGGUCUACGGUUCUUCUCAAGAACACCAAUAAUGCCCUUCCUCUUUCGAAACCAAAAUUCAUUGGAGUUUUCGGUGGAGAUGCUGGCUCGAAUAUCUUGGGACCUAAUGGCUGCUCUGACCGUGGAUGCGACAACGGAACUUUGGCCAUGGCAUGGGGAUCCGGAUCUGCCAAUUUCCCAUACUUGAUCACCCCCGACUCUGCUCUCCAAAGCCAAGCUAUCGCCGACCACUCUAGAUAUGAGAGUGUUCUUGACAAUUACGCUGACUCCCAGAUUGAAGCGCUUGCAUCAGCACCUGAAAUAACUGCAAUCGUAUUUGUGAAUGCUGAUUCCGGAGAAGGAUACAUCAGUGUGGACGGAAAUGAGGGUGACCGAAACAACCUCACACUUUGGCAUUCUGGCGACGCCCUGAUCAAGAAUAUUUCAUCAAUGUGUAACAAUACUAUUGUUGUUAUCCAUUCAACCGGUCCAACUCUCGUCUCGGAGUGGUAUGAUAGCCCAAACGUUACUGCUAUCCUAUGGGCUGGUAUCCCAGGUCAAGAAAGCGGAAACAGUAUCACCGAUGUCUUGUACGGCAAAGUCAACCCCGCAGCCCGCACCCCUUUCACCUGGGGCAAGACCCGCGAAAGCUAUGGCACAGACAUCUUGUAUGAGCCCAACAAUGGCAAAGGCGCCCCCCAAUCCGAUUUUACGGAAGGAGUCUUCAUCGACUACCGCGGCUUCGACAAGUCCAACUCUACCCCAGUCUACGAAUUCGGUUAUGGGCUUUCUUACACGACCUUCAACUACUCCAACCUAGUUAUCAAGUCAGCCAACGCGGGUAACUACACCGCAAGUGUCGGCAAGACCGCUUUUGCGCCUGUGCUAGGCAACUUCUCGACGAAUCUAGCGGAUUACUUAUUCCCUAAUGGCUCGUUCCGCUACAUCUCAGAGUACAUAUACCCGUAUCUCAACACGACCGACGCGAAAGCCGCAUCCGGUGACCCUUCCUACGGUCAAAAUGCCUCUGAAUUCCUCCCACCCCAUGCCACAGACGGCUUCCCUCAACCUCUCCUCGCAGCAGGUGGUGGACCAGGUGGAAAUCCGGCUCUCUGGGACGUAUUAUACACGGUCAAUGCGACCAUCACCAACACUGGCCCAUUGGACGGCGAAGAGGUACCGCAGCUGUAUAUCAGUCUCGGUGGCCCCAACGACCCGAAAGUUCUGUUGCGUGGGUUUGAGAGAUUGAGUAUUGAUGCGGGGGAAAGUGCCACUUUUACUGCCGAUGUACUGAGGAGGGAUAUCAGUAAUUGGGACACGGUGGCACAGAAUUGGUUCAUCUCGAGUUACCCCAAGAUUGCUUACGUCGGUCCUAGUAGUAGGAAGUUUGUGCUUAGUGGGACUUUGCAGUAA